GUGGCCUCUCGUCUCGGUGUUUAUCCAAUCAUCUCUACAUGGAAGUGUCCACAACGCGUCACUUUGCAGUCGCUGUUGCUCUGCUGCACCAAUCACACAUCAGUGCGUCAGAGGCGCAGAUGCGUGCAUCAGGAGCGCCCGUUCGAAGCGCCGUGACACCGAAGUGAACGCGCUCUUUGACAAGUUUUACUGCGCUGUUUAUCACUGUGAAAACUAGUCUGCGGUAUCAAACAGCUGAAUGUGUGUCAGUGUCUUGCUGUGGCUCACAGCAAGGUGGUUGGCUCAACCACCUCUCAGUUCCCACUGAGGUCAGCGUGUCGUCACGGCUGAGCGCACUGCCCACCUGUGUGCCGCACGGACAGCUGAAUGACCCGCUGCGUCCCCUCUCAGCGUUGUCUUGACACACUUUGGAAGACGCCGAAUUCUCCUUUGAUUUUUUUUCCUUAAAAAAUCAGGCUUUGAGUUGUAAAGGAUAUCCAGACGCAACAGUAAAAGAAUCCUUCACCCUGUGCCAGAUGGAGCCUCCAGGCAACCCGGGAGGCACCGCGGUGGAGCUGGAGUUAACGGUGGAGAAUGUGGAGUCGGCUCUCUACCAGCUGUACUUUGAUCCAGACAUGGAGCAUAAGAAUGUAGCCCAGAAGUGGCUGACCCAGGCCCAGGCCUCUGCACAGGCUUGGCACUUCUGCUGGGCCCUGCUCAGCCCUGACAAGAUCCCAGAGGUUCAGUUCUUCGGUGCCAGCACCCUGCACACCAAGAUCUCCCGUCACUGGAGUGACCUCGCUGCAGAGCAGCACGAGAGCCUGAGGACGCAACUGCUCAGCCAUAUCUUGCAGUUCUCUUCUGGGCCUAAAAUGGUGCUGACUCGUUUGUGUGUAGCACUGGCCUCUUUGGCUCUUAACGUAAUUCCCCAGGCCUGGUCUCAGCCGGUGGCGGACAUGGUGAGGGCUUUCCAACCGCACAAACCUGAUCCUGAAGAUGGCUCUGGAGCAAAGGCCUCUCAGGACCCCCACACACAUUGUCUCACUCUGCUAGAGCUUCUCACCGUGCUUCCAGAGGAGUUCCAGAGCAGCCGCUUGGCUCAAGCUCGGCGAGGCCAGCUGAGGGAGGCUCUUGCCGGAGAGUGGGCAGUGGUGUGUCCUCUGCUGCGACAGCUCAUGCAGAGCCAGGACUCAUCGAGUCAGGUGAAAGAGAAGGUGCUCAAAUGCUUGUCUAGCUGGGUGGCGCUAGAUGUGCCUUUGGGGGAAAUCCAGGAACUGCUCCAGGACUGCUUCACCGCGUUGUCCGACCCAGAGCUGUUUGACGCAGCUGUGGAGACGGUAGUUAACGCCAUCUCACAGCCCGACUGCCAAAGGUACAUUAAUGCUCUACUGAGCCUGAUGCCUCUGGUGCUGGGCCUCUAUGACCAACUGAAGACAGCAGCUCAUGAUGGGGACAUGGAAACCUCACAUGGUAUCUGUCGAAUUGCAGUUGCUUUAGGGGAAACACACUCCAGAGUUCUGUUGGAACAGGUGGACCACUGGCAAGAAUAUCUAGCUCUGGUUAACAUGAUUCUCUUCUGCACGGGCAUCCCUGGACACUACCCAGUUAAUGAGACCACGAGUUCUCUUACUCUCACCUUCUGGUACACUCUGCAGGAUGACAUUUUGUCAUUUGAGGAGGAGAAGCAGUCUGUUUACCUGCAGGUUUACAGGCCAGUUUACUUCCAACUGGUGGACGUGCUGCUUCAUAAAUCCCACUAUCCCUCCCAGGAAGAGUACGCCUCCUGGUCCUCUGAUGACAAAGAGCAGUUUCGUAUUUACAGGGUCGACAUCUCGGACACUUUGAUGUACGUGUAUGAAAUGUUGGGGGCAGAGCUGCUCAGUAACCUCUAUGAGAGGCUUGGCAGACUACUGAUGGACCCCCAGCAGUCAGCAGUGUGGCAGGACACUGAGGCGCUGUUGUUUGGCUUCCAGUCCAUAGCUGAGACCAUAGACGUGAACUACUCUGAUGUUAUUCCCGGUCUUAUUGGUCUGAUCCCCAGAAUCAACAUCAGCAACAUUUUGCUAGCCGACACUGUGAUGUACACAAUAGGUACAGUGUAUCUGAUCAUCAGCAAGUCUUUUCAAGCUUUGUGCUGUACCUAUCAGAUCCAUGUACCUUCUCUCUCCCCACAGCUGAAUCCCACUAAUAAACAGAGCAUCAUCCACAUUGUGGGGAUGCUGGCCAGUCUCUUUACCACUCUGGACAUCAAUAGGCAGGCAGACUGCUUAGAGGGAGCAGCCAGUUCCAGACUCCCAGUCCCCCAGAGCACGCAAAACCCAGUGGUUGUUGUGCUACAACAAGUCUUCACUUUGAUCCAGACCAUCCUCAGCAAAUGGCUCCAUGACUCGGAGGUGGUAGAGGCAGUGUGUGGGGUUUUUGAUAAAUCAGUUCGAACCCUCCUACAUGAUUUUGGACCCAUGGUUCCUCAGCUGGGAGAGAUGCUGGGGGAGAUCUAUAGCGCCUUCCCACAAGCCUCGGCUUUGGACCUGGCUCGGCAGAUGGUUCACAUAUUUGCUGGAGAGGAGCAUCACAUCCCUCACAUCAGAAGCCUCACUGAAGUGUUAACAUCCACCACGCUCACUAUAUUUCAGCGAGGUCCGAGAGAUCAUCCUGACAUUGCUGAAUCGUUUAUGGACCUUCACGCCCAGAUUCUUAAAAGGAAGCCUGAUCUGUAUCUGUCUGAGCAGUUAGAUGUGAAAGCACUGUUUUACUGUGGGAUUCUGUCACUCAAGUUUCCAGAGACACCCACAGUAAAAGCUGCCAGCCAGUUCUUUACAGAGUUCCUGAGUCGCUGUAAAGACAUGCCCUCAUUUGGUGAUGUGUUGCAGAGGGAUGGAAAGCUCCUGACAGAGACCGUUCUGCAGGCGGUUGGAGGUGAGUCUCCCAGCAGUCUGACGGAGCACUUCUCUGAGGUGCUGCUCAAUCUAAGCAGGCACUGCCCGGCCCUGCUGUCUCAGUGGCUCAAAGAAACACUGCAGACCCCAGGGUUCCCCUGUGCCCAGCUCACUGCAGAGCAGAAACACACCUUCAGUCAGCAGCUUCUAAGGGAACAAACCAACAAGCGUCGCGUUAAGGAGAUUGUGAAGGAGUUCGCUUUGCUCUGCCGAGGUCCGCAGGGCUCUGGAUACUCAGAUUACUAGUCGGAGCUGCCAGCAUUGCAUCCGACUUCCUCACCGGGUCUUUGAGAAAGGCCCACAGCUCAUCCUCGUUUUCAGAAACGCUUUGGUGCUAAAUGAGACUUAAGAGAGCACGACUGGAAAACAAGACGCUCCCACAGACACACUGAGUGGACACUUAUAAGAUAAUCGAGUCUCUGUGCGACAUAUUUUUUAAUAAAAUAUCCAAAGCAGGAUAAAAUGAAAUAAGAGUCAGGGUGGCAUUUUCGUAUCUAUAGGCAGGAAUGCGCAAGGUUCCAAACCUGUGCUUCGUGUCUAUGAACACUGACAAAACAACAAUAAACACAUGAAACUCU